AUGUCCAUCCCAACUCCAACUGGUUUCGGUGUCCUCACCACAUAUGCUCAAGUCCAAACUUUAUUGGUCAAUGCUAAUCCGACCCAAUUGAUUGUAUUCUACCUUACUGGUUACCCAUGUCCAGCCUGUGCCAUCAUUGCACCACAUGUCAACAAGUGGGUUGCAAAGUUCCCAACUGUUCAAUUCUACCACAUUGAUUUCAACACUGAUGCCGGUCAAAACCAUGAAGCCUGUCAAAUGCCAUCGAUCCCAAUCGCCAGAUGUUUCAAGGACUACACCAACACUGAAAUCAUGAUUGCCGAAUCUGGAGGUACCAACUAUGGUUACAUGGAGACCAUGAUCAACAACAACAAGCCUAGAGAGGUAUCUAUCUUAACCCAAUAA